CUUGUUGUCGAUGACAGGGAGAUCAUGCAAGAAGCUCACCCUCACUUGUAUGACCUCAAAAUAAAAUGUAAAAUUAAAAUGAAUAGUGUAACAGAACUUAAGAAUGGAAUGAUUUAAUAAUGCCAAAUGAUGUCCAGCUCCAGCUCUCUGGAUGUCAUGGGUUGAGCUUGACCUAUAGUCCAGCUCCACCUCUGUGGAUCUAAUGGGAGGAGGGAUAGAGUUAUGGGCGGGGUUAGGGUGUGGUUGAACCCAUUAUGACCAAAUUACAUCCAGAGAGGUGGAGCUGGUCUUCACGCUCCACCGGCUCUGCAUUGAGCAGCCUCUCAUUCCUAGCACUGUUUCACACACACACUCACACUGAACUAGAUGCAGAUACACUGGAGAGCUCACAUUGAUGCUGGAUAUCACUGUGGACUUAAAAAUGAACAUGCUGCAGGUACUUCUCACUGUUCUGUGUUUCAGCAUCGACAACUCUCAUGGUUUUAAUGUGGGGACUUCUGGAGCUAAGAUCUUCUCAGGGUCGGCAGAAGAACAGUUUGGUUACUCUGUACAACAGUUCAGCAACGGUCAAGGAAAAUGGCUCCUCGUGGGUUCUCCAUGGAAGGGAUACAAUCAAAAUCGGAAGGGAGAAAUCUAUAAGUGUGAGCUUAACAAACCUGGAACCAGCUGUCAGGCACUUAACCUUCAGGAUUCAGUCGAUACGCCAAAAAUCACCAACAGCAACAACAUCAACAUGAGUCUAGGUCUUACUCUAACUCCAACGACCAAAAACAGCGGCUUUAUGACAUGUGGUCCUCUGUGGGCUCAGCUCUGUGGAAGUCUGUAUUUCUACCCAGGAAUCUGUGCUGAAGUGAGCCCACAGUUUACACUCCAGUCGGUCUUUUCCCCUGCCAUUCAAACUUGUGGCAGUUUUAUGGACAUUGCCAUUGUUUUGGAUGGAUCCAACAGUAUAUACCCAUGGGAACCAAUCGUCGCUUUUCUCAAGAAACUUUUGGAAAACUUAGACAUUGGACCUCAAAGCACUCAGGUCAGUGUGAUGCAGUAUGCCGUUGACACCUCGUUCGAGUUCUACCUGAAUUCCUAUCAGACAAAAGAGUCCAUGAUUAAAGCAGCUUCAAAAAUUCUGCAGAAACAAGGAUUAGAGACUAACACUUUCAAAGCCAUUGAUUUUGCCAGAAAGGAGGCAUUCCUGGCCAAAUACGGAGGUCGUCCUGGGGCCACUAAAGUGAUGGUGGUGGUAACUGAUGGAGAGUCACAUGAUGCAAAUCUGAGGAAAACCGUUAUUCCGGCAUGCGAGAGCCAAAAUAUUACUCGCUUUGGCAUUGCGGUGCUUGGAUAUUAUAUAAGGAAUGACAUCGACACAAGCAAACUCAUCGCUGAGAUUAAGUCAAUAGCCAGUAAUCCAACCGAGAAAUACUUUUUCAAUGUGUCUGAGGAGGCGACGCUUAUAGAGAUUGUCGGGACUCUUGGAGAUCGAAUCUUCAACAUUGAAGGUGUUGGAAAAGGUAGUGGGGAUAAUUUCAAACUGGAAAUGUCUCAAGUGGGGUUCAGUGCAUACCAGACCAGAAAUAAGGAUGUGAUCCUACUGGGAGCAGCUGGAGCAUAUAAUUGGAUCGGGACCAUUGUUCACCAAACUGCUCAGAAAUCAGACAUUUUGCCCAAAGCUGCGUUUGAGAAAAUUUUGGAAGAUAGAAAUCACAGUUCAUUACUUGGCUACUCUGUGAGCUCUGUGACUGACGGCUCGUCUGAGUUUUAUGUGGCCGGUGCUCCUCGUGCCGUUCAUAGAGGACAGGUUAUAGUUUACAUCAUUGACAGCCAGAGACAACCUGUGGUCAUAGAUUCACAAAGAGGAGAUCAGAUCGGGUCUUAUUUUGGCAGCGUUCUCUGUCCCGUUGAUGUGAACGCUGAUGGAGUGACUGAUCUGCUGCUGGUUGGAGCUCCGAUGUACAUGAGCGACGAGAAGUUUGAGACAGGACGAGUCUACCUGUUCACCAUUACCAAGGGUAUCUUAAGUAACCAGGGUUUUUUGGAGGGUUCUCAAAAGAAUGCUCGGUUUGGGACGGCCAUCACUGUCGUCCCAGAUCUGAACCUGGACGGCUUCAGUGACGUGGUGGUUGGUGCCCCGUUGGAAGGCAAUGGCCAUGGUGCCAUUUACAUCUACUAUGGAGACAGAAAGACCAUCAGAAAGCAGAGCUCACAGAAAAUUAUUGGAACGAAACUGGACCCAGUGCUGAAGUACUUUGGCCGUUCUCUAGACGCCAGCGGAGAUAUGAAUGGAGACUCGAUCCCAGAUGUCACAGUGGGGGCUUUUGGGAAAGUCGUCCAACUCUGGGGUAGCGCAGUUGCAGUGGUCACAGCCAAGGUUUCCUUCACCCCUGAUAAGAUCAGUAUCCUGAGUAAACCGUGUCGCUACAGUGGGAGGCAGGUGUCCUGCUUCAAGGCUAAAGUGUGUUUCAGCGCAACAUUUAAACCAACGAAUCCACUGGGCCCAGUGGGUAUCAAGUACAACCUGACCCUGGAUGCUGACCUGCAGUCUUCUCGGGUCAGCCCUAGAGGUUAUUUCAGCAACUUGGAUCGGGUCCUCCAGAAAGACAUCAGCGUCUCUGCGCAGGACAUGUGUGAAGAGCAUGAUGUGUAUGUGCAGGAGACCCCUGACCUCGUCAACUCAAUUGCUUUGCGUGUGGACGUAGUUCUCAGCUAUCCAGACGCAAACCCGGUUUUAGACGUCUUCAGUCCCAAUGCGUGGGAGUUUUUUAUCCCAUUCUCAAAGGACUGUGGCCAAGAUGAAGUUUGCUUCAGUGACUUGGUACUGAGUGUGGAGAGUGAAGAGAAACGUGGCAAAACUCCACUGGUUGUCAGCCAGAACAAGAGAAGACUCUCCUUCACUGUGACAGUGAUGAACAGGAAGGAAAAUGCAUACAAUGCACGGGUGACAGUCAGCCACUCCAGUAACCUGUUCUACGCUUCUUUUACACCACUGAUUGAUGGAACAGAAGUGAAGUGCACUCUGAUGAAAGAUUCAGACAAACUCAUCUGCCAAUUGAGUUAUCCAGCCCUGAGGACAGACCAAUCGGUUACGUUCGUGGUAAACUUUGACUUUAACUUGAAUCGGCUUGAAAAAGAUGCCAAAGUUGUCUUUGAGGCUUUAAGUGACAGCACAGAGGAAACUCCCGCUGAUAAUUUUUUCCAUGAAUCCAUUCCUGUCCAAUACAACUCUGAGAUCAUCCUCAGCAGAGAAUCAAACUUAGAUGUUUAUUUACUGGAAAAAGAGGAAAAUUUUGCAACCACAGUAAGGGGAUACAAGGACAUCGGCCCAGAUUUUAACUUUAAUUUAAAGGUUUCUACAGGAACUGUCCCAGUCAGCCUGGUUUACCUCAAUGUGUCGCUGCCAAACAGCACUAGAGCAGGAAAUCCCCUUCUGUACAUAACCAGCAUUAAAACUUCACCUGCUGAAAAAUUCCAUUGUACCGACAGCAAUCUGAUCGACCCAUUUAAGAUCAGUCAGAAACCUUAUCCAGCCCGAUUCACUGAGGAGAGUUUUAGAGGAACAGAGGAACUGAACUGCAAAACGGCCACAUGUCAGUUUAUGCGAUGCGUCCUGAAGGACCUGGAGGAGAAGAAUGAUUAUUACCUGAAUGUUACUACAAACAUUUGGAAUGGCACCUUUGCAAUGGCUGAUUUCCUGUACGUCGUGCUCUCUGUGAGAGCUGAUAUAGAGACUUCUCAACCGGACCUACUGUUCAUCGAGCAGAAACAGCUGAAGGUUGAAGUCAAAGUGAGCCAACCUGGAGCUAAAGGGGACGUCCCGGUGGGCGUCAUUGCAGGGAGUGUUAUCGGCGGUCUGUUAUUAUUGGCUCUUGCCGUCGCAUUGCUUUGGAAGCUUGGAUUCUUCAAGAGGAAGUAUCAAAAGCUGAUGAAGAACGAGGAGAAUGAAGGGGAAGAUCAGGAUCUGAAGGAAAACAGUGAGGCGCCCUGAAAGAUCGGCCGAGACUCAUUUGGAGAUGUCACAGGUUUCUUCCCUGACACAAAUGUCCAGAACGGGGUUAGAAAGAGUGAACUGAAUGAACUGGAAAAUGCCGGUUUGAUUACAAUGCAUUAACUUACAACUGGUAUUCCAAUCCCAUUCAUUUUUCUCAUAUGCUUUUUCUCUGCUAGCGGGUGUAUCUUUUGGCUCAGUCUUACCACUUCCUCUGAGUAGAGUAUUUAACUAGAUCUUUUUGACUAUUGUGACUUUUGAUUAUUGGUGUCAUAUGCUGGCAUAUGAGAAAACAUGGACCUUUCAGUUCUUAUUUGAUCAUUUGUUUUAUAGUUGAGUACGAAAAUUACCAAACACAUAAGGCUCCGAUAUAUUUCAAGCAAAAUCGUAAGUUCGAAACAGCUUGCUGCUAUAGCGAACUUUCUGGAAAAGUUUGUUCUGACUGGUAAACAACUUCCAUUGGCCCGUGGCGUUUAUGUAAUAGCUGUGGCUCCGCCGUCUUUGACGUGGAAAUCCUUCCCGUUUAUUUCUUCUGUUGUUCAGUCCUUGGAGGUCAGACGCGAGUAAAAACAUGAACACACUGGAGAGUUGUAAUUCUAAUUAAAAGAGACACAUAGUAUUUUCACGUUUAAUACUGUAAAGCUGCUUUCUUUAAAGCAAACUAUUGUAUAAAGUGCUAUAUAAAUAACAUGACUGGAGUGCUGAAUUGCAGAGCUUGUGCGAAAAUCCACAUCACUAUUAUCAGAUGCUUUAAGUCUUGUUUUCUCACCGCUGUCAUUUUUGUUGUUGAAAGGAAAGCUUGCAGCACAUAUUUACAUAAUCAUCUAAAUGUGGGCGGCGUCUGGAUGGUCGCUUUUUUAUCCCCCUAAGCCAAGAAUGA